UUCGAUUUGAAAAAUUAAUUGCUGAACAUGUACAUGACUGUAUUCUCACACAAACACAGUCUGAAGUGAAGAGGAAUGGAGGAAUCUGAAGAACUAGUGUAGUGAAGUGCACAAUGGCCGACCAGGACGGUGUCCAAUCGUCCAGUAGCAGAAUGAAAGGAACGACUAUCGUCAAACCCAUCCUCAUUGGCAAUACAUCUCGCUACUUUGGAAAGAAACGCGAGGAAGAUGGCCAUACCCACUCUUGGACAGUCUACGUCAAACCUUAUCGAAAUGAGGAUAUGAGCAUUUGGGUGAAGCGUGUCCAGUUCAAGCUGCACGACAGCUAUCCCAAUCCAACCAGAAUCGUUACCAAGCCACCUUACGAGGUGACCGAAUCGGGAUGGGGCGAGUUUGAAAUCAACGUCAAGAUAUUUUUCAACGAUGCCAACGAAAAACCGGUGAACACGUACCAUCUAUUGAAGCUGUUCCAUAGUGACGCCACUGGUAUCAUUAAGAAGCAUGUUGUCAGCGAACUGUACGAUGAAAUUAUUUUCACGGAGCCCACGCACACCACGCUGCAGCUGUUGACACAGGGCAAGAUUCCAAACAGUGCUCGACAAGAUGCAGCUAAUGAUUACAAGGAGCUGGAAGAGGUCACGCUGGAACGGAUCGCCGCCACCCGGCGAAAGAUCGACCAGGAGAUCGCCGAGCUGCGCGCCAGCAUCCAGCACAACGAGGUGCUGCUGCCACAGCUCAAGGGAGCGGCCGGCAAGUCGGCGGUGCCCAGUGUGCCCCAGACCGCCCCGCCGAUUCUUUCGUCGGGCGGCGGCGCUCCGGCCAAUCCGCUGGUGGCAGCGAUAGCGUCAUCGUCAGCGUCGUUGCCAGCACAGUCAUGACAUCACGCUUGCUGAACACGCACCGGUAUGUAUAUAAUUUGUCGGCAUGUGCGUGUAGAAUCGCCGUCGCACCCCGACUGUCGUACACGAAUCCGCAAUGUAAAUAGCCUAGGUCCUCUACUCCUCUCUUGUUGUACAAAGCUUGAUUCUAAUGUAAAAUGCAUUUCCGUUGCAUGCAUGUUAGGAUAUUUCUCUGUAUGCUUAUAACACACAUCAUUUUCACGGAAACGAAACACUUCCAUUGUCACGGAAACGAAACGCUGCACAAGUAAGACAUUGGCUGCUCUUCAUAAUUAUAUACCCACAAAACCUCCAUGACGUCCAGCUCUUCUGCGUGAAGUGUCCAGGUGCAUUCUUCAUAUCAUACAUGUACAUUAUCUAGUCCUCGGAUUCACUCUACAUACUCUCCUUGAUCUUGUAUAGAAUAUCAUUAUUAUUGUAUGCACGGUACGCUUUUCAACUCCCUCAAGCUGAUGAGCAUGCACGGUACUACUGA